AUGUCCUCACCAAUAGCGUUCGAGGGUCAUAGAAAUUUCCGUUUGCGGUUAAUUCUCUCGACUCUUUCUGGAAAAGCCAUCAAGAUUUCCAAGAUCAGAUCACAAGAUGUCAAUCCGGGUCUCAGAGACCACGAAGUGUCCUUCUUAAGAUUGCUUGAAGCCGUUACCAAUGGUUCUCACAUAGAAAUUUCCUACACUGGUACUACCAUAAUAUAUCGUCCGGGAAUCAUCAUUGGUGGGGAAUUGGUGCACAACUGCCCUGCCAAUAAGCCUGUUGGAUAUUUUGUAGAACCCAUGCUUUAUUUGGCUCCCUUUUCUAAGAAGAAGUUUUCCAUUAUUUUCAAGGGCGUAACUGCUAGCGAAAAGACCAACGAUGCCACACCCGAAUCUAUCAAAUGGGGCUUGAUACCGAUAAUGGAAAAGUUCGGAGUCAGAGAAGUAUCUUUACAUAUCCUCAAGAGAGGUUCCGCACCUUUGGGAGGAGGUGAAGUACACUUAAUGUGCAACUCGCUCAUUCCCCAACCUCUCACAAUGCAUGCCGUAGAUAUUCCAAAGUUUUCUGCCAUCAGAGGUGUUGCUUACUGUACCAGAGUUUCUCCUUCCAUAGUGAACAGAAUCAUUGAUUCUGCCAGAAAGGUCUUAAGACCCACGGGUGUAGAAGUCAACAUCACUGCAGAUGUAUGGAGAGGAGAAAACUCCGGCAAGUCUCCAGGCUUUGGAGUUACCUUAGUAGCUGAGCUGAAGAAGGGUUGGAGAAUUAUAGCUGAAGGUGUAGGUGCUGCCGCCAUGCUUCCAGAAGAUUUAGGUGAAAAAGUAGCCUUCAAUCUUUUGGAAGAGCUCACUCACAGUGCUGUAGUUGGCAGAAAUCAGUUGAUGUUAGCUUUGGUGUUCAUGACUAUCAGCAAAGAAGAUAUCGGAAGAUUGAAGGUUCACACUCAGCAAAUCGACGAAAAUUUUGUUCACAUAGUUCGUGAUAUUAAAGAAAUCAUGGGUACAGAAGUGUUGUUGAAACCAACUGAUGAACCUGGCGAAGAAAACAUACUCACCAUGUCCAUUAAGGGUAUUGGGUUCACCAGUGCCUCCAAGAAGAUAGCUUAA